AAUACAUCUCUCUGUUCUCUCUUGCGUCAGAUUUCCUUCAUAUAGGAAAGAGUUCUCUUUAAGCAAUUGCAUGAAUUGGACGAAAUGGAUGCUGUUAUAAUUAAAAGGAUUCAUUUUCUUAAAUAAUGCCGUAUAUCGAUGAUUAUGACAAAAGCAUUUACUGAAUUGUAAGAGUGUCAGUCAUAAGAAGAUUUUAUGUGAGUUAUCUGAAAUCAUCAUGGCACCUUUUUGUCUAGUAAGUUAAUUCUUUCUUAUAAACUUAAAUAUAUUAGACUGAAUAAACCAAACAGUGAAAAGAAAAAAAAACAUCACUUAUUUUUGAACUUACGGAGUGUGUUGAAAUCUCAUAAAUCUCUGCAUACAAACUGGUAUUUUCCUAGAAAUGCACUAAAACUUUUUUUUUCCAAAGUUGAUUCAUACUUUACGCAAUCAUAAAUAAGAAGUUUACAUUCCGUCAUAUAUUGAAACUACAUUAAUUACUUGAGAAACAGACAAUAUAAAUUCGCUUAAAGGCCACAACUUUAAGAAAGGGAAUAAUAUAUAAAGAAUACUUAUUUACUAUGAUAAUAAGCCAGAAAAUAAUUCAUUGUUUGUUUUACUCAGUAAAUAUCUAACAGCAUUCAGUUGCUAUAGAGAGAAAAUAUUGAUUCUCAGAAACGAAUUCGGCCAUAAAUAUGUGGAUAGCAGCUGUAGUGAAUGCUUAAAAAGCUUUAUUUGAAAACACAUUUGAUAGCAAUUGUUGAAAACUGUCAUUUGUUUAAUUAAAUAAUCAAAACAUAAAUGAGUAACUGAUUUAUAGGAUUUACAAAUCAGCUACAUUUAUAUUUUUUCGAAAUAGAAUGGUGUCAGAAGAAGUUGAUUUUACUUCAAAAUUUCUACCUGUGCUGUACUAGAAAACUGAAAACUUCAGUUAAAUCUAAGAAAAAUUCGUUUUUGGAAGUUUGUUAUUUUGGAUAGGCAGAACAUGACCAAUAAUAAUCGGAAAGCAAGAGGCAGACGCGACUGGGGACUUUGGAGAUGGACAGCCGUGUGCUUACAUACGUUAACUUUCGAAUGCGUGUUGGUAUCAGUUCGUCAUGUUGAUUCCGACUUACGGCAACUGAGCUCAAGAGUUGUCAUGACCCGUUAUGGUUCAUUGCGGGGAUUCAUCAGUAAUCUUUCUAACCGGCAGCUGCAUCCGGUUGAAGUGUUUCUGGGUGUCCCUUACGCAGGAGCCCCAAAAGGCCCACUUCGAUUUAUGCCCCCGGUGACAUCACCUCACUGGAAAGGGGUACGAUUAGCUGAUCAAAUGGGACCAGUGUGUCCUCAAAAGCUUCCGGAUGUCGCUAAUGAGACUGAAGCUUUGAAGAAGAUGCCUUUAGGGAGGUACAGGUACUUAAAGAGACUUCUGCCUCAGUUAGCGAAUCAAAGCGAGGAUUGUCUUUACCUCAAUAUUUAUAUUCCGGCAACGGUUAUUCGUGCAACAGAAAAGCUACCUGUGAUGGUUUAUAUUCACGGAGAGUCAUACGAAUGGAAUGCUGGGAAUCCUUAUGAUGGACGUGUUUUAGCAAGUUUCGGAAAUGUCAUAGUUAUCACUAUCAAUUAUAGACUUGGUGUGUUAGGAUUCUUGCCGGCUGUAGAUCGAUCUGCUCGUGGGAACUACGGCCUUAUGGACCAAGUAGCAGCCCUUCACUGGAUCCAGGAUAACAUUGGAGAAUUUGGGGGUGAUACAGACAACAUUACGAUCUUUGGACAAGGUCACGGAGCUGCAUGUGUGAAUUUGCUUAUGCUAUCUCCUAUGGCAAGAGGUCUAUUUCAAAGAGCUAUUAUGCAGAGUGGAUCUUCUCUCAGUUCUUGGGCUAUAGCAAGAGACGCUAUUACUCAUACUGCCCAUAUAGCUAAGGUACUGGAUUGCCCUGCACAAGACAGUACAGCUUUAGUCGAAUGCAUGAGGAAAAAGAAACUAGAGGACAUCAUGGGUGUUCACAUCCAGGUUCCGGAUCACUUAUCUGGAUUUGGACCUACGGUGGAUGGCAUAGUACUACCUCAGGAUCCAGCGGAAAUUAUGGAAAAAAAUCCUUCAAUAUUUACUCAAUAUGACCUUAUAUUUGGGAUUACUAGGGUGGAAUCAUAUUUCGAGUUCUCAGCAAUGGAAGAAAAAUUAGGAAUUGAUAGCGGACGCAGAGACAGGCUUCUGAGGACUCUAGUGAGAAAUCUCUACACAUAUCACCUUCAAGAGAUAUUUCUCACAGUUGUCAAUGAAUAUAUGAACUGGUCACGAUCAUUUCUCCAAGCAAUGGAUAUUUUUGAUAGUACGGUAGAAGCUCUUGGUGAUGCUCUUAUUGUCGCUCCUGUCAUCCGUGCAGGGACAUUUCACAGCGGUGGAAUACCUCGUGAAGAUACUUACCCACCUCCUUCUGAACCAUUAAAUGACGGGAAGAAGACUUACUUCUACAUCUUCAACCAUCAGUCAGAAUUCGGAGAUUAUUCGUCUAGAUUAGGAUGUGUAAGAGGGGAAGAUUUGCCUUACGUUUUUGGAGCGCCUCUAGUGGAAUCUCUUUCACAUUUUGCUGCUAAUUACACUAAAAGCGAAACUUCUCUAUCUGAAGCUAUUAUCACAUUCUGGACUAAUUUUGCUAGGCAUGGAAACCCGGCAUUAUCUCCUCAUAGUAGAGACGCACAUCUGGAUAGUAGCACAGCAAAAUACUUCAAAAAUGCUUGGCCAUUGUACGAGCCGGUGCAGCAGAAAUAUAUAAGUAUAUCUAUGAAAACUCGGAUUAGAGACCAUUAUCAUGCUCACCGCUUGUCCUAUUGGUUGAAUCUCAUACCUCGCCUCCAUGAUUCUGGUGAUGGCAACGCAUCUAUUCAGCACCACAGACUCCAUGAUCACGACAAUCCUUACAGCUACGACGGCGUCGUCCGGCACCGAGAUAAUUCAGACAGUCUUCAUCCAGCCCUUACGACUCCCUUUCCAGAAGAGAAAGAAGGAACACAGAUUGUAGAGCCACAGCCUACUCAUGAGUCAUUUUUCCCCAAGAACGUCAGCAUUUCAGUAAAAAUCGACACAGAAGUGGUAACAGUUUCGGAGAAGCUUACCCCUGGCAAUAUCACCCAAGUAUCAGGGAAUCAACAAACAGUUUAUUCUACUGCUCUUGUAGUGACAAUUGCUGUCGGGUGUUCAUUACUUGUGCUCAAUGUUUUGAUAUUCGCUGGGAUUUACUACCAGAAAGAAAAGGAUAGCCUAGAGAAAAAACUGCAGAAGACAUAUUAUGAGGAAAGAAGAAACGAGGAAGAUGAUGGUCAUCCGUCUGGAGAAAAGCCCUUCCUGGUAAAAGAUCUUUCUUCUUCAAUGAUGCUUAGUCAAUACUGCCCACAGACAGAAUUCGAUGGAAGCCAAACAUUGGAUCUUGUCCAACCUAGCAAAGCCAAGCACCAGUAUCCAGCUUCAGGUAAAGGUCAAGAUGUUUUUGAAGGUCAAUAUCAUCUGGGCGCUAGAAUUCCACAAGGGGAACGAGAAAUUGGGAUUAGGGAACCUUUGCUAUCUUCAUCAAAGCCUCACACACUGAAUACCAAAGUGGAUUGCUUACAAGCCUGGGAACAUCCAGCCCAGGAGAUGGCGGUGUAAGUUUGCCAUUCAGAAGUUUCUGAUUUGGCAUAGAUGGCCACAGCUAGGAACCCAGGGCCAGAAACCCACUUUUCUUGAGAAUAUUUUCUGUCAAGAUCUUGUUUGUUGUGUAUAGACAUCUAAUUCGCUCAUUAUUCUGAACCCGGUGCAAUAAAUUGAAAAAACAUACUUCCAGGCAGAUGGCUAUUUACGGACUGCUCAAACAAUGGAGAUAAUUGCACCCAUUCCGCCCAUGGUUGGAAACCUUUUCUUUGUGAGUCAUUCUGUGAAUGUGUUGUCUUUAACUGUGAUGAAGGAAUGUAAAUAAAGUUGAUAUUUUUCUGAAA